CUUUCCCUCUUAUUUCCAACUACCCAUCAAAGUUGGACUACAACGCCCAUUCUCUCCAACUACCAUUCUUCUUUUGAUUUGCUUUUUGCUUUUGCUUUCUCACCUCCCAGUCUUCUUAUUCUUCUUCUUCUUCUUUCCAAAGAAAAAAAUGUCCCCACCACAAAGACCCUCCUAGUCUUAGGUCUCCACGGCUCUUCUCUCCAAUCAAAUACUUAUUUAUUUACGCGCCUCCAUUUCCAAUUCCACCCCCACAGAUCAAAAGUUUCUUCUUAGCUUCAUUCAACACUCAAAAUUAUUUAUUAUUCCCUUUUUUCAAAGACUCAUGGCUGACUUGGAACACUCUACUUGUGAUCAUGUCUCCUCUGUGGACUCUAGAGCAGAGGACACCAGUCAAGACUCUAAGCCUAAAUUUUCAGAAGAUGAGGAAACCCUGAUCACUAGGAUGUAUAAUCUGGUUGGAGAGAGGUGGUCUCUCAUUGCUGGAAGAAUUCCAGGAAGAACUGCGGAGGAAAUUGAGAAGUAUUGGACUUCAAGACAUUCCGCAACCGAUCAAUGAAACGCCACAAAAUCUUUGGUGUGACUCAUCUAGAGCAAGAAAAUUUUGGAGUGUGGUUCAAUGCUUGAUUGAAUAGAAAGUGUUUAGUUUUUUCUGGGUAGUGGAUAUAUAAAUUGGUUACUCCACAUAGCCGUGAGGGAGUAUUGUCUUUUAAUACUUAUAGAAAGUGUUAGCAUGUUUGGUACGAUAUAAUGAAAUGAAAUGUGAAUACAAUGAGAGUAAGAAUGGAAUAUAAGGUUGAAUGGAAUGGAAUGUCAAUUUCCAUUCCACUGUUUGGUUGCCAACAUGGAAUAAUAUAGGAAUAUGAUGAUAAUUCUCAUUCAUAUGUUUGGUUAUGUUUAUUAAAAUCAUGGAAUAAAUUUUUAUUAUUUAUUUAUUUUUUUAA